CGAUAACUCUGGGUAGAGAUUGACCAAACCGAAAGUUGAACAAAAUGGCUGAACCACCCACUGAAUGAGAUGACCAUACAAGCCUACUGAAAUGGAAAAUUAACAGAUAUGACCAACGUCUGAGAAUCAAGGAAUGGCUACUGCUACCACCCAGGCACAGGAGCUCAUCACCUGUGACCUAAACUGUGUCAAUCCCGUCCAGCAAUUCUGUAACAGCUGCCAAGUCGGUCUUUGUGAAGACUGCAUCAACAAACACAUCAAGAGCCUCAAGUCAAUGAAGCAUGACAUAGUUCCCUUCAUAAAACGCACAGUCCAGCUGGUGUUCCCUCAGUGUACAUCUCAUUCCCACCAGAGAUGUGAGGGCCAAUGUCAACAGUGUGAUGUCCCAGUCUGCAUGAAAUGCGUCACAGGUUCACAUAAAGGUCAUGAUGUUGUGGACAUGACAGACAUCAUUGCCAGAAAGAGAGAAAACAUUAAAAGAGAAACAGAAGAAAUUGAAAGCAGUAUCAUUCCAAAGAACAAGUCAUAUGAUGCAGAUGUUGAAAAGAAAAUUCGCAAAUCGAAGACCCACUACUCUUAUUUAGAAAAAGAAGCUAAAGAUAAAAGAAAGAAAUGGCACCUAGCAGUAGACAACAUCUUUGACAAACUUGAAUCACUGAUCCAAUCACUCAAAGAUCAAGAAAUUACGACUCUGAAGUCAUGCCAGUCCCAACUCAGAAGUCAAAAUUCCAGUAUGACCCAAACUGUUCAAGAAAACAAAGAAAUCCUGAAGUCCAACAAAAUGUCUGAUGUCAACCAUUACAAAUCCAAACUGACUGAAUUCAGAGCCAUUCCACAAGUACCUGAUGUAAUGUCACCCACUCUCAAAACAAACACAGUCCAAGGGAGAGAACUCAGCCUAAAAUUAGGAGAAUACAGGGCCACACUGACACAGACAACACUCUCACUACCCAGUCUGACAGAUGAAGUCCUCUAUUUAUCUGAUAAGGAAUUAUUAAAAGAAGCCAAAGAGAUUGCAAACAUUCCAACAAAUGUCAAACGGUUAUAUAGAGUAGCCUGUGUUGGAUCAGAUAGAGCCUGGAUUAAUGGAACAAACAAAAUGAUAUACUGUGUUGACAUACAUGGAACUGUACAAGACACUGUCACCAGUACAUGUAAUCCGUACCCUAAUGACAUUACAGUGAACAGACAGGGAGAACUGAUUUACAGUGAUGGUCCCAAUAGAACUGUGAACAUUGUCAGACACGGAAAUAUAGAGAAACUGAUCACCACACCACAGGGCUGGAAACCAGGGGGGCUGUGCUGUACAAGAUCAGGGGACAUCCUGGUCAGUAUGUUUACUAUUGAUAAAAGCCAUUUCAAAAUUGUCCGUUAUCAGGGACAGAGAGUGACACAGGAAAUAGAUAAAGAUGAACACGGCAAUCCAAUCUAUCAAGCAGGGGUAUAUUUAGUGUUUGUGACGGAGAACAACAGCGGCGACAUCGUGGCUUCGGAUGGUAAUGCUAAAUCAGUGGUAGUGGUGGACAGGACAGGAAAAGUACGAUUCCGAUACAACGACAAACCACCGGGGGGACAGAAACCAUUCAGUCCAAGACAGAUAGUAACCGACUCCAUGGGUCAUAUCAUUGUGGCAGAUUACAACAAUGCCUGUCUACACAUUCUAGAUCAGAAUGGACAAUUCAUUAAAUGUGUGGACAAUUGUGGAUUAAGUGAUGAGCCUUCUGGACUGAGUGUGGACAGUGAGGGGAGGUUGUGGGUAGGGUUGUGUGAUUCAAGAGAAGUGAAAGUGAUCCAGUACACGAAAUAAACACCACGACAUAAACACUAAGUGAAUGUGUCAAAUGUAUAAAGACAUUUACAUAUUUGAAUAUUUUAAUGGGAAUAAGCAUUACAUUGGCAUAUUCAUAAUUCAUGUUUUUGACAAACAGUAUGACUUCCGAAAUUUAUGAAGAAAUAUUACAUAAUCACCUGCAUAUUGACGUGUUUAUAUCCUUCAACUGAUUCACUAUAUGAUAACAUGCUCUGUGUGUGAUCAUUUUUAUAAAUCCAGGCUACUGACAAUUAAGUUAAUGUUACAGGGGUAUCAAAAUUCUCUUUUACAAUCUACAUUUUCCAAAUUCUAUGAUCAUUAUAAUAUUAUUUGCAAAUACAUGUAGAGUUGAUUGUUAGGUCGAAUGUUGUCUGUUUGUUAGGCCUUUCUUUUCAUACUGAUUUUGACUACGGAUUACUCUGAUACAUGGCUCAUGGCGGGUGUGACUUGUCAACAGGGGAUGUUUACUCCUCCUAGACACUUGACCCCCACCUCUGGUAUAGCCAAGAGUCCGUGUUUGCCCUACUCUCUGGUAUAGCCAAGAGUCCGUGUUUGCCCUACUCUUUUUUAAGUGGCCUGUGUUUGUACAAUUCAUAGGAUUGAUGAGAUUGAUAACCGCUUCCAUCUAUUUCUCUUUGUGCUGUAAUAAACUAGAAAACUCACUCAGUCAGAAAGAGCCAAGAACUUAAUUCAUGUAUUACAGGUACUAGUGCUUAUAAAACAGAAUUCAUUCAUUUUUAGAUGGGAGUGACGUUAAUCUUUUUUCAGAUCUACAUUUCCAUGUUCAACGAAAUAGUGUAAUGGUUUGGGCAAUAUGGAUGGCUCAGUGGUUAGAUUAAAACCAGACUAGUAAUGCAGGGGUCUCGGGUUCAAUUCUCGGUCCUGCCAUGGAGUUUCUCCUUUCCUAUUAUAUUUGGUGCAGUAAACCAGCACCUGGAAUUGACAGAUGAAAAUGCCUGCUAGAGGAUAAAGAUCCUGGGUUGAUGUUCAAGUGUAUAUUUUAGGAGGGAGGAAUGUGGUGGUCAGACAGCUUGAAUUCCUAGUGUCCAGAUAGUUGAUUUGAUAGAGCACCUGAUUGGAGAUUCAGGGGACGAUAGGUUCAAAUACCAUCUGUCCAUUGCAUAUUCUCCCUUCCUGUUACAGUAGGAAGGUCUGUUGCAACUUUCAGUUUUUACCUCAAGACCAAGAAAUCUACAGGUUGCUUUCUUUAAUGAUCAACUACAUUGGAAUUAAGUAUGAAAGGUUUUUGUUGAAAAAUGUUCAAAAUUUGGAGUCACAACACAAAUAGACUGACACAUGCUUAUACUCUAGAGGUGUCUUUGAUAAACAUCUACUUUUCUGUAGAAUAUGAAUGCUGUAUGUUGAAAAUUUUUCAAUGAAAUUUGUAUUUUGAUUGGAAUGAAGAUUUAUCAUGAUCUUGAUCUUUGAUAUAUUGAUCCAUAAGUGUCGAUCUUCCUUCAAUGUCAACUCGAUGUAUAAAAUUCGAAAUUGUCAAGUCAAAAACAGACAUUAUUAUACAGAAUUUUGACCCCCAAAGUUAUAGGUGUUUUCUCUUAUUGUAUAGUACAUUAUGUAUGUGUGUACAAAAUUUGAAAUAUUGCGGUGAAAACUAUACGAGUUAUUGCGUCAUAACAAAAGGAAGGAAGGAUGGACACUCCUGCAUUUUAUGCAAGAUCCUAAUUACUAAGCUUUGUACAUAAUUUGAAUGGACAGACAGACAAUGUGAUUGUUUUAGGGAUCCUGCAUUUUUACUAAGCUUAUAGUAACAUUUAUUUCAGAUUUGUUUCUUGUUAUCUAAAUAUUUAUAUUUUGUUGCAGUAGUGUCUAUUUGCUUAUUGUGUCAAUAAAUUCCAAAUUAGAUCAG